AAACUCAACGAACAACAGGCGGUCGGGGUGUGGACGUGGAACGCCGGUGACAAGGACGACGUGUGCGGCAUCUGCCGAGUCGCGUUCGACUCGUGCCCGCCUGAUGCCAAGUUCCCCGGCGACGAUUCCCCCGUGGUCUGGGGCCAGUGCGGACACGCGUUUCACCUGCAGUGCAUCACCCGCUGGCUCAACUCGCAGGCGGAGCAGCGGUGCCCCAUCUGCCGCGGCGCGUGGGAGUUUAAGCAACUGACGACGUCCGAGGAACCCCCGCCCCUGCGAGACCAGGGUCGAUAG